AUGGACUCCUACUACGCCAUGCUAAAAGUAACAAGAGACUCGAAAUUCCCGGAAGACGUCACGAAGAGCUACCGCAAGUUAGCAUUAAGAGCGCACCCCGACAAGGGUGGGAGCAAGGAGGCCUUCGACGCGCUGCACCGCGCCUACGAGGUCCUGAAGGAUGAAGAAAAACGCAAGGUUUAUGAUAGGUUCGGGUUCGAUUUCGGGGAUGAUGAAAGCGCAGAUGAGUUGCUGGGGGAGCUGUCGCCGAUGGCCAUGCGUUUGAUCGGCAUCGCGAUAUUCAGAGCGGCUUUAUGUGGCGCUGUUGUCGUUGGAUUAAGGUACCGCGUACCUCGGACAUUGUGCAUCGCGGCGUGCGGCGGCUGCGUCGUUUAUGGCCGUACUAGGUCAGAUCGGGACUUUGAGUUCUUGGGGUAUAGAGCCGUCUUCGUACCUUUGAUAGCCUGGCUGGCCUCCUACAUGUCCCUCACAUUUGUAUUUGAUGUGGUUGUCUACGCUAUCACGUUUGGCGCUUUGGAAUGGGAGAAUCUGAGUGUGAAGGGCGCGGCACUCGUAGCAGCAGUCGUAGGGAGGUGGUGGUUCGGCGCCUCGCUCUGGUUCUUCGUCAAACUGUUAUUAGCUUUCGGCGUACUACUUAUUGUGGCACAUUUAUUUUUUGUGGUCGUCGCGUCGGUCGUGAAGGAGGUCGUGGAUCUCAAAUUGGCGGCCUACGGUAUGUAUGCGGCGUCCGGGUAAAAUCGCGGCGAUGGCGUCGACCGCGUCUCCGGGUCGCGGCGACGGCGUCGAUCGCGGCCGCGAGAGCGUCGACGCGUCUCACGAGAUCGAGAGCGGCGGUCGCGACCGCGACCCUGCGCAGGCGACAAGUUCCGGAAGUGCAUGCGCGACGGCCAGGCGCCUCCUCAAAAAAAGGAGGAGGCGCCGCCGCCGGCCCCGGCGCCGGCAAAGGCCUCACCACGGCAGGCGGCGCGGAAGAACUCCAUGAACGCCGGCUUCCUCAACAACCCGAAGAAGAAGAAUCGAUGA